UAUUAACAUUUAUAACAUUCUUGUGUGUUUAGUAUCAUUAAUGAUUUAUGGAUAGUCUGAGUUGCUUACGCAAUGUCAUCAUCAUCCCAAGAUUUUGAAGAUUUGUCUUUGAGAAAUAAUAAAAGAAAUAAAAUAUUUUCUGGUGAUGGAAUAAAUUCAACAAGGUUUACUUCACUAAAUUAUGAGGAAUGGAAUGCAAGUUGUAUGGGUGUGAACAAAAGUGGAAAACUUGCUGUUUUGGCAGGGAGAAAAGGAUUUCUUGUUGUGGAUUUAGAUAACCUAGGAAUUUCAAAAAAACAUGCAGUCUCUAACAAAUGGGAUCCUUCUGUUAUAGAAUGGAAUCCACAUGAUGCCAAUGAUGAACUAUUUGCAUCUGUGAUGAAUCAAAAAGUUGAAAUAUGGAAUGCAGAAGAACUUUUCAAUGGUAGUCCAAAAACAGUUUUAUCAGGUCACACUAGAUCUAUAAGUGAUAUUAAUUGGAGUUAUUUUGAGCCGUAUACUUUGUUGACGUGUUCCAUGGACAUGUAUAUAAAUUUAUGGGAUGUGAGACAAACCCGUAAACCUUCCUCAUUAUUUACUACAGUAGCUGGAUCAUCACAAGUAAAGUGGAAUAGAAGAAAUAAAAACUUAUUUGCAAGUGCGCAUGAUGGAGAUGUGAGAAUAUGGGAUAUCAGAAAUGGAAAUAACCCUUUAGUUUAUAUCGCUGGGCACUUAUCCAAAAUUCAUGGCUUAGAUUGGUCACCUCAAAAUGAGUCACAGUUUGUAACAGCAAGCAAUGAUUCUACUGUUAAGUUUUGGAAUAUCAACUCUCCAUUGCAGUCUCAAGGUUCUAUCAAUACUGGAUCUCCUGUUUGGAAAGCUCGAUUCACUCCUUUUGGCAUUGGACUUGUUACUGUUCAGCUACGACGUGGGGAUAAUAACAUUUUUUUGUGGAAAACUUCAGAAUUAAAAAGUCCUGUUCACAGAUUUGAUGGUCAUACAGAUGUAAUUUUAGAGUUCCAGUGGAGAUCACAGCAUCUAGGUGAUGAAGAAGAAUACCAAUUGAUAUCAUGGUCAAAAGAUGAGACAUUAAAAAUAUGGCGAAUUGAGAAAAAAACAAUACAAGCUAUAACCGGAAAAUACAACAAGUCUUCAAAGCCUUCAUUUUUAAAUGAAUCACCUGUCAGUAUUGCUUCUUCAUCUUAUGAUACCCCAGAAAAAUAUGCAUUUACUUCAAAUAACUUGAUUCCAACAAUUAACGAAUUGCAUUUCCAGAAAGAAAAGUUAGAUCGGCCAGAUAAAUUAGAUAUUUUAAAUCAACACGAUUCAGUUGGUCAACAUGAUGCAGUUGGUCAAGAAGAUGCAGUUGGUCAAUAUGAUGCAGUUGGUCAACAUGAUUCAGUUGUUCAACAUGUAGAAAAGAAUAGUCUUGAUAUUGUUGCUGAAAAAUCUAAAAAAACUCCAAUCAAUCAAAUCAAAUGUGAAACCAAAAAUGAUACUUACGAUGAAUAUUUCCAUAUGAAAAACUUAAAUCAAGAAUUUGCAUUGAUUAAUUUAAUUAGUCCUCUUUAUAAAGUAAAUAUGGAUCCAGACCAUCGAAAAUGCACAGUAGUAACAAAUCUGCAUGGCCUAAUGAAGCUUAAAAUAUCGUUUCCUGCUUCAUAUCCUGACAAGAUUGCUCCAAAUUUUCAAUUUUCAAAAAGUUCAAAAACAAAUCUAGAUUUGGAUAAAAUAUUAAAGGGGCUUGAAGAAUUAUCUUUACAACAUGUUAAGUUUAAUCGCCCAUGUUUAGAACCUUGUUUACGUUACUUAAAACAGCAAAUUGAAGGUUUUAUGUCACAAGACUCUGUGAAAAGUGAUGACAUUAGUGCAACAACACCAUCAGAUGUCUUACCAUCAUCAUCAUUUACAUUCAGAAAAAGUGACACUUCAGAUUACAGUUCUUUAGACUACACAGUUCCAUUUCCAAGAACUUGUGGUGCAAGAUUUUGUGGUGUUGGUGACCGUUUGGUUGUAUUUGCAAGACCAGCAAAAUUUAAUAACAUUAUAUCAGCUGAAAGAUCAUCACGAUCGCUUUCUGCACUUUAUGCUUAUUAUCAAAAAAUAUCUGAUGAUGGUCAAUUUGAUUCUUCAGUCUAUAAUGAAAAUGGAACUGGCUCAUAUAAACAGUUAAAGGCAGUUGGUUUGGUCUAUAUUACAGAUACUUCAUCACUUUUGCCUGUAUCUAAAGAACUUGCACAAACUUCACAUAUUAUGAGAGUGUAAAAGAUGUGCAAACUCUAGCUAUGAUGUCAUGUAUUCUUUCUCAGCAGGAAUUACCUGAUGAAUUUAAAACUAUUUCUUCAAGAUUGAAUGUUGAGGAAAGCAAGAAUAUGAAACAAUGUUUUUCUGAUGGUUUUCAAGUAUCACCAGAGUUUCCAUUUAAUGUUUACAAUAAAAAUUCUAUUGGUGAAGGAAGUUGGUCACCUCCUACAUUUGUUGAAGAAAAAAAUGUUGAUACUAAAUUUGACAUGUUGAAACAAAAUAGUCAAAACUGGCGACUUUUAAGUUCUGACAAUACAUUUCGAUAUGAUCAAUUCAAACGGUUCUAUGGUCAAAUUCUUUAUCGUUGGAAGUUUAACCUACAGCGCACUGAAGUCAUGAAAUAUGUUACAGAGUUUCCGAAUAAAACAAAACAUUUGGAUUUGUUUUUGGAAUGUAAUACAUGCAAAACUUCUCAAAGGGAACUUUACUGCACCAAAUGUCGAUCUGUCAUUGUUAAAUGCUCUGUGUGCCGAUUGUGUGUCAAAGGUCUGUUGAGUUUUUGUAUUGUUUGUGGUCAUGGUGGUCAUAUGUUUCAUUUACAGGGUUGGUUUAGACAACACGAUUGGUGUGCUUCUGGUUGCGGUUGUUAUUGUGUGCGUAUUGGAAAAUUUUCCUCCGAGUAAAUAAUGAAUUUCCAUUAAGUUCGUUGCGCAUGUAAAGAUCGCAUAAUAAUAAUCAUCAGUUUUUGUUUACAAAAUUAAAUAAUACAAGAAAAUUUUUGCAAUGGAAGAAAAAUUUUUAUGCAUAAUAUUUUAAAAGUUUAUCAUUUUCAUACAUUUAAAUUUUUGUUGUUUAAGUAUUUUUUAUUUACCAAAGCUUAUGAAAAACAUAUAAGAACUAUGUUUAUUAGAAAAAAAAUUUAUUACAAUAAACAAAUUGCUUGCGAUGUAUAGAAACAGUCACAUCCUUAGAAUUUUUUAAUUUUUUUUCAUUAAAAAAAUAAAAUAUUUUCCUCGCUCAUGCUAAGCGAGGUCUGUCCCAACCCUAAUUUCCCCUUUCCUGAUACUACGUUUUCUAUAAUCAUAAUAUAUAUUUUUAAGUUUUAUCACUAAUUAAAUUCAUCGACAGAUUUUAAAUUUCAUUAAAAAAUUUAAAUGUCGUAAAAUAUAUUGUAAAAAAAAUUUCAUUAAAAAAUUAGAUGUCGUAAAAUAUAUCGUAAAAAAAAAUUAGCUGUAUCCCUAGUUUUUCCUGCCAAGAAAAAUAAAUGUGCCAACUCGUACAGUUUUGUUUUCCUUGUUGCUGGCUUCAAAUGCGCUCAUAAAACACUCAUAAUAUACAUAAAUUAUUGUGGAACUGCUUUUUUAAUGAUUUUGUCUUAUUUUUCAGUUAGUUUUGGUACCAAAAAUAGAGUUUUGUCAUAAAAAAAAAAUAAAGAUUCCAGGAUAUCAA